GCUGUCUCCCUCUUUCUCUACUUCGGACGAAGGAAACGCUCAAUUAUAUAGAAUGACAAAGUUAAAGAUAAUAGAUAGUUUAAUGGACUUGUGUAUACGUGUACAAUACACGUGUCUUUCAUACAUGUGGACGUUUGUAGUUGCACUGAAACUCAUGCAACUUGAUUACUAUAAAGUCACGUGAUGACUUACAGAAUUUAAUAUCAUUUUACAAUUUGCAUAAUUGAGAAGUGGACAAUUUUCUUUUCCCUUUUUUGCAUUCUGGAAUUUACGUAGUAAAAUAAGUUUAUAAUGUAUGUGGCAUUAACGUACAUUCAUUAACAUGUGUGUCAGCGCUUUCAGCCUUUUUCCCCACAUACAUGUACUUAAAGAUGUUAAUAUUUUUAAUUUGUUGUGUAUGUUGUAUCUGCAUACCUACGUAUUUUUUUUAAAUACCAUUACACGUAUAUUGCAACGUAAGUCUAUACUGCAGAAAAUUUUACUUCCAUUAUACGUUUCUAUUUUAUAUAUAUUUACAACCAAAAAAGACAUUAAGCAUUGUUGGGACUGCAGCUGAUAAAAGCACCGUGCCGAAUAUUCGUUGAAUCGGUUUGUAUUUACGCGUAUUGACGGCAUAAUCGUGUUGUCGUACAGUAUCAUGACAGUGUACAUCAUGAUUGAGAGAAAAUAGUUACUUUGUAUCAAGUGACAGACACAAGGGGAUGAGUUAUUGUGCAUUGCAAAUGAUGUAUUAUACUAGUUCUCACUCCUAAUCCAAGUGUUUACUAUUCAUUAUGUAACUCAGUUCGUCGGCAGCAAGUUCUAUUUCUGGUCUCCUUUUCAGACCUACGCUAUCUAUACUAUACACUAUACUUUCCUGUCUAAUAUGCCAAAUCCUGAUUUCGUGCAUUCGUGUCAAAUGGGCAUCAUACAGACGUGCUAUUAUUCUAAUUUAAUGCAAAGCAAAUUGACAUCUGAAAAUCAUCAAUUUCAACAAGUCCGAUACUCUCGCGCUUAUGAAUAAUGCAACCCAAGUUGAUAGCCACUGUUCUCAUUAUCAGCAAGUCAUCCUAUUUUAAAGUACCUUUACAAUGAACGAUGAUUUCAUAAGAAUAGCGUUGCACAACGUGGCGCAGAAAACGUAGAGGCAAAAAAUAUCGCUAUGUAAGAGUAUGCAUUGCAAAAAUAUGUACAAGAAUGCAGGCAUUGACUCCUGGCCCGGGAGGAGGGGGAGGAGUGGGAGAGGUACUGUACAGAAUGAUACGACAAGAAGGUGUAUUAAGGCCAAUUAGGGGUGUCAGCGCGGUGGUCGCCGGUGCCGGUCCUGCACACGCUCUAUACUUUUCUUGCUACGAAUGUCUCAAGGAAAAGUUCAAGAGCUCGAGAUCUCAGUUCAAUCAUCUUGUCUACGGAGCGGCUGGUUGCGUAGCAACAAUUCUGCACGACGGUGUCAUGAACCCGGCGGAAGUGGUUAAACAACGAUUGCAGAUGUACAAUUCCCCUUAUAGGAAUGUAUUGAAUUGUAUACAGCACGUGUACCAGAAAGAAGGGAUAUUUGCAUUCUACAGGAGUUACACGACUCAAUUGGCUAUGAAUGUGCCUUUUCAGAGUAUUCAUUUUAUCUCUUAUGAAUUCGUGCAAUCCAUUACAAAUCCGGAGCACGUUUACAAUCCAAUAGCACAUAUCGGAUCGGGUGCAGCAGCAGGUGCAAUCGCGGCCGCUGCGACGACUCCUCUGGACGUAUGCAAGACAGUGCUGAACACACAGCAGGACGGCGUGCACGCUCAAGGCAUGAUAGACGCGUUUAAGCAGGUCUACAGGUUCGGCGGGAUACAGGGAUACUUUCGUGGAUUACGCGCACGUGUCUUAUUCCAAGCGCCAGCCACCGCGAUCUGUUGGGUGAUAUACGAAUCAUUCAAGUAUGUAUUACGGGGCAAGCAAGAUGAUGAAUGUAACGACACCGAAGCCGACAACGGUAUGACCGGAAUCAACCAGAAUCCGACGCUCGCAUCAAGAUCCAACAGCUUUCAAGGUGCAGGUCUGUACUUUAACAACCACGCCUCGACGCCCGUGUUACUCAAAGUGACCACGAGUUAGGCAUGUAAAAAAUUCGCACUCUCAAUUGUCCAUUGCGAGAAAGAAAGAGAGAACUGUUUCGUUAUUCGAGAGUUGUUUAUGGAAGUAGCGGUAUAUUUUUUUCCUUAAAAGUGUCUCUCGACACAAUGAAUCGUUUCGUUGAUUCAUCUAUUAUUUGGCAGCAUUUUUACAUGCGUAUAUUAUGUAUCGCGAAGAAACGAAAAUUGCAAAAAAGGAAAGAAAGACAAUAGCAAGCAAAGGUACGGGACCUGGAUUUAUUGACUAUCGGUAUACGAACUUCCUCGAUUAUUAUUAACACAGAACUGCGUCAGAUAGUAGUAGGCGCUAAUAAAAUAUCACCUUCCUUUUUUUUAUUUCUUGAUUUCUGAUUAUCAAACGCGGGUGAUUGAUUUUAAGAGGCGUUAUUUCUCUAAGCUUCAUAUGUUAUCAUCGUACCUCACGCUUUCAAUAAAUUUUCCGUCAUGUACGCGAAAUCAAGUAUGGAAGUAACGUACUGUUAUUUUAGAAUAAUUGCAAAAUGACUUUAUUAAUUGGCAAUAUUAAAUUUGGAGUCGUGAAAUAAUCAUUAAUCCUGGUACACCGCUGGAUGCCAUCCAAUGUGUACAAUUGAAAUAGAAUGCUAUUAUCUAUUGUACUGUUCAUAUGGAGUAUUAAUGGAUAUUCAGAGAUGGACAGCAAAAUGUCAAUUUGAUAUAUAUCAGCUUGAAUGUAAAGAAUCUGUAUUAUUUGUCUUCUACUGUAAUUUGCAUACAAAUUUGUAUAUAUCUAGCUUACAUAAAUUAGAAUAUUUUACUAAUCUGUUCGAUAUUGACAUCUAGUUGAUUGCUAAUGGUAAUGUUUACUCCUUAAAGGAUGCCAAGCAAAUUUGUACUGUACAGAUGGAUUCAUGCUUGUGUAAAAAUAGAUAAAUUAAAUACUGAAAAUUGACAAGGAAUAUUAAGCUAAUAUUUUUUUUAGCAUUCUCCAAUGUAAAAAACGGUUCUUAGGAAAGAAGGAAGGAAAGAUAUGCUCCAAUUGAAUAGUGAAAAUAGAUUACGCACAUAGCGCAAUUGCAGCCCACUCCAACAUUGUACCAUUAAGUAAGUUUAAGAAAACAGUGGGAUGCAUGCAGGAAUUUCAUCGAUAAUAAACUACACUUUAGAGCAUAAUUAAGCGCGCAUAAUUAAUGCAGGAUCAUAUCGCGAACAGAAAUUUGCAAAAUUAGACGACCCAUAAUUGUUAUUAAAGAUCAUCGAUAAAAUAAAUCGAUAUUUGACGUUGUUAAAAAAAGUUACGAAAACUACUUAAUGAAAUUCCGAGAUGUAGAAUACGAUGUUGAAUUUCGUGUUUGGAUUAUAGGUACAACGUGGAUCGGAGUGAAUUGAAUUAAUAGGGCAUGAUUGGCUAUCCUGAACUAAGAAAGGAAUUACAAAUGAUGUAAAGUAAUUAUUUUAUAGAAGGCUGUAGAUAAAACUAUAAAAUAAUAUUACAGAUGUACAGUAUAAAAUAAAAGGAAAACCAGUGUAGAGAAAAAAAAAGUGAAACUAUUAUUUGUACAAGUACGAUUCCUCUUGAUUACUCAAGUACAAAUGAUGAAAUGCUCCUUAGUCAUUUUGUAAUAUAAAUAAAUUAUGUAUCUAAACCAUAUACGAUAUAUAACCACAAUAUUGCUUCCUAUGGCUGUGAUUACUGGGUCAUUUGAUGUUGACUUUAAGAGGGAGUAAUAUCAUGUAAAACUCAUAUUUCACGCCAUAUUUAUUUAUUGUUACAAUUUUUAAUACCCUACAUCGUUGCUGAAUGAAUCGUUUUGAUGUUGUUGGAGAGAGGGGGAAAAAAGGCACAGUAUUCAUAUGUAAAGAUAUAUGUAAAAGGAGAGCGACAUCUAAAAUUUAAAAUUAACUUUAUAGAAAUGUGUAUUUAAGUUGUCAAAAAUGUUUUCUUACUUUGGAGAUUCGCAACUAAGAAUUUUCAUUCGGAAACACUUGUGCGGGUAUGCGCUUGUUACACGCGUGCAUAUGUUUUGCAUGCUAAUUUAAGCAAUGUAAUUGUCGAAUUACAUUAUAUUUUAUUGAAUUUAACAGGACACUUAAUCUAUUAUUUAUACUUUUCGUUAUAAUUUGUUUAUCUCUAUUUGUUUAUCUCUAUUUCUAUUUAAAGACAUCACAAAAUUGUCUUUGAACCUCAAAAAUAAAUACUUAUUUCUCAAAUGUGUUACAAGAUGUAAUACUGUUCACCUAUCUCUUUUUUUAAUUGAUUUAAAUUUUUUAUUACGCAAAUUAUUCGUGGCCACGUUAUUAUUAUAUAUGAUCGACUUGAAUUAUUCUACGGUUUCUCUUUAUAAGUAAGCGUUUACUUUUUGGAAAGACAAGUUGUAUAUAGUCGAUAUAUAUAUAUAUGCUCCCACUGGUAUUAUAAAAAAAUAUUAUGUAGGGUACAUAUUAAUAAGUACAUAUUGAGUUUGUGUAACACAGUGAAACGCAUUAUACAUAAUAAUGAUGUAAAUAAAUCAUUCUACAAAA